UUAUGUUGGCAAGUGGGGUAGUUGUCAAAUGAACACGUCAGCUGUUUAUCGCGUAAUUUUCAAAAAAAAUCUUUCUCCGAAAAUAAGACAGCACUAAAAUCACCCCUUUGUGUCAAAUUCGCCCCACAAUGACUUCACUGCGUCAAAAACAAAUCAAUGCCCUCAAACAAAUGUUAAACUUGAAUCAACCCCAAAGUAAGUUAAGCGCCUCGGAACCAAAAUGGAAAGUAUUAGUAUACGACAACGUAGGACAGGACAUUAUUUCGGUAUUAAUAUCAGUCAAGGAAUUGAGGGAACUAGGGGUCACGUUAUUUGUCCAGUUGCACUCAGACCGGGACCCUAUACCUGAAGUCCCCGCGGUUUAUUUCUGUGCCCCCACUGAGGAAAAUCUCGGCCGGAUAGCACAAGAUUUUCAAAAGGGGGUCUACGAUAUUUAUCAUUUGAAUUUUAUUUCUGCCAUUUCACGGCAAAAACUGGAAGAUCUUGCCUCGGCGGCCUUGCAAGCGAACUGCGUGGCCAACAUACACAAAGUUUACGAUCAGUAUGUUAAUUUUAUUUCGCUAGAUGAUGACAUGUUUAUACUAAAAAACCAAAACAGUGACGCCUUAUCAUAUUACGCGAUAAAUCGGGGCGACACCAAAGACACGGAAAUGGACGAAAUCAUGGACAAGAUCGUCGACUGUUUAUUCUCCGUGUUUGUCACUUUGGGCACAGUCCCCAUAAUCCGGAGCCCCAAAGGCAACGCCGCUGAAAUGGUCGCGAGGAAAUUAGACAAAAAACUGCGCGAAAAUCUGGCCGAUGCUCGAAAUAACUUGCUCCAUUCGGACGCCCAAGCGGGGAAUUUUAACUUCCAAAGGCCCCUUUUAAUCGUCUUGGACCGAAAUGUGGACAUGGCCACACCCCUUCACCACACUUGGACCUAUCAAGCCCUAGCGCACGACCUACUCAACCUAAACCUAAACCGCGUCGUUAUCGAAGAAAGUGUGCCAAGCGGAGGCGUCCGCUCGAAAAACCGGGUGUGUGAGUUGGACACGAAAGACAAGUUCUGGUCAACACAUAAAGGCUCGCCGUUUCCCACAGUUGCGGAAGCGAUCCAGGAAGAGCUAGAGCAGUACAAGUCGUCGGAAGAGGAAGUGAAGAAGUUGAAAAGUUCGAUGGGGAUUGACGGAGAGAGCGACAUCGCUCUGUCGCUAGUUUCAGAUAACACGGCAAAAAUUACCUCAGCUGUUAACUCGCUUCCGCAACUGUUGGAGAAGAAACGGCUAAUUGACAUGCACACGACUCUCGCGACGGCACUUCUCAACGGAAUAAAAUCGCGGAAAUUGGACAACUUCUUCGAACUGGAGGAGAAAAUCAUGAGUAAAACCCAAGCGUUGGAGAAGACGAUCUACGACUUGAUCGUGGACCCGGAAACGGGCGUUCCAGAGGACAAGAUCCGCUUAUUUAUCAUUUUUUACAUUUGCAGCCCACAUAUGAGCGAAAGUGAGUUAAAACGCUACGAAACGGCCUUAUCAGAGGCCGGGUGCGACCUCUCACCCAUCCAUUACAUAAAAAGGUGGAAGAGUUACGCAAAAAUGGCGUCCGGUUCGAACCAAUACGAAGGCGCCGGUACAAAAACAGUAAACAUGUUCUCAAAACUUGUCUCACACGGCUCCAAUUUCGUGAUGGAAGGGGUGAAAAAUUUGGUUAUUAAGCGACAUAAUUUACCGGUGACACGUAUUGUGGAUCAUUUGAUGGAGUUUAAGAACAGUCCGGAGAUGGACGAGUACCACUACCUUGACCCUAAACAGUUAAAAGUGACUGAAAUUCCGCGUAACCGCUCGCCGUUCCAGGACGCUAUCGUUUUCAUUGUCGGUGGGGGCAAUUACAUUGAGUAUCAGAAUUUGGUGGACUAUGCUAGGCAAAAAACGGCGGCAGGGAGCACCAAACGGAUCACCUACGGGUCGUCCACGCUCGCCAACGCGCAACAGUUUUUAAAGCAACUUUCGUUGUUAGGGCAGGAAAUUGUGUAAUUUUAUAUUUAAUAAAGUAUUGUUAUUA